GUCUUCGUUUCGACUUUCGGCGAGGAAGGUGAGCAAUGGGAUCUCUUCCGAGUCAUCGACGGUGACUUUCCCGAUGAGAAAGAUUUAGACAAGUACGACGGUUUCGUCAUCAGUGGUAGUCCACACGAUGCUUUCGCUGACGCCGAUUGGAUUGUUAAGCUUUGCAAUGUUGUUCAGAAACUUGAUGAGUUGAAGAAGAAGGUUCUCGGCAUCUGCUUCGGCCACCAGAUCAUUACUAGAGUGAAAGGUGGGAAAAUAGGAAGGGCUGUUAAAGGUGCAGAUAUGGGGCUUAGAAGGAUUAGUAUAGCUAAGGACAAUGAAAAGCUACGAGGUCACUUUGAUGGUGAGGUCCCUGGAUCUUUAGCUAUUAUAAAGUGUCAUCAGGAUGAAGUCUUGGAGCUUCCUGAGUCUGCUACAGUUCUUGCUUCUUCUGAGAUUUGCGAGGUUGAGAUGUUUUCUAUUGGAGACCACUUGCUUUGUAUCCAAGGGCAUCCUGAGUAUAACAAAGAGAUUUUGUUUGAGAUUGUGGACCGUGUCCUUAAGAUGAAGCUUAUGGAGCAAGAGUUUGCGGAUAAGGCAAAGAGUACAAUGGAUACUGCACAACCAGAUAGGGAUCUAUGGCAGAAGCUCUGCAAAACCUUUCUCAAAGGUCGAUCCGAGCAAGUUUAAUUUGUUAUCAAAUUUGCUAUCUACCAAACUAUGUCAUUUCUCGAUGAUCCUACCAUUUCCUUUGUAUUUUAUCUUCAUCAGACAGAAAGAGACGCAUAUAACAAUCACUGUACUUUAUAUUACCACCUUUUAUCUUAAAUCUUACUGUUGCAGCACAAAUCAAACAAUAAAAUUCAGUCUGAGUUAUACAA